AUGUCAUUCUCUUGGUUCCGCCAUCAACCCAGCCCUGAAGCUUCCUCUGCACCUGCUGAGCCGGUGGUCACAUCCCAGCCUAUCGCGAUGAAAUCCAUGUCCACCGCUGAGCCUCCGGAAGAGGAGAGGGAGACAGUACAGAGAUUGAGGGGAGGGAGUGCUGCUGCUGCGUCUUACCUCUUCCUUGUUGCUGCUGCUGCUAAGGCGCGCCCUGUGCAUGCACCUAUGGACGAGGAAAGAAUGUCAUUCCCCUGGUUCCGUAGCCAACCUACCCCUGAAGGCCCUCCCGCAAGGCCUGUGCGCGUCACUUCCCAGCCUAGGGCGAUGAAGACCAUGUCUACUGCUGAACCUACGCAAGAAGACAGGCAGACGGCGCAGAGACUGAGAGGUGGAUGUAUCCCUUGUCCUGUGAGUGCUGUCGGUUGA